AUGCACAACGAGUCAGUCAACAUCUAUUCCUACCUUAUCCCGGCCAUCUCUUUCCUCCUUAGUGAGCGGUACCUCCAGCAGUACCUUGCCAGUAGAUACCUCGGGGCCACUGGUGUCGAUUUCAUUAUUUUCUCCAUCUUCAUGUGGACGGCCGUCAUGUGCCUAUGGUUGUCGGGCGGCGUACCACACUCUGAUGAACCACUCUCAACAUCUGGAACAUGUCUGCCUGCGAUUAGACAAGCUGGGUAUAUGGGUGACCUAAUCUUGGGCAUAUACCUGCUUUUCUGGUGUGAACCCUUGCCACGCAAUACCUACUGGUCUAUGAUUGGAAUUUUUGGGAUGUUAACCGUCUUCAUGACAUUGCGUCCCAAAUUCCAGGGCCCAAAGUAUCGCCUCUUACGAGCAUUGAUGUUCGUGGCGACUGGCUUAUCCGGUGUUACGCCCUUGAUCCAUGGACUCAAUAUGUUCGACAUGUCGCAGAUGAUGAGAAAGGCUUUUCCUUAUACUUUGGCAAAAGCAGGCUUUCUUCUAUCCGGAACUCUGUUUUAUACA